AUGUCUAAACGCAUAGCGGAAGGUCCUCAGGGAACCAAAGACGAUAUUAACCCAUUCGGUAUGGGCACACCAGACGAGAAGCCCCAGCGGGCCACAGCUGCCCAGUUAGCCAGCAGAAAGAUCAAAGAUGUUCGUAAGCGUCCUCGUGGUACCACUCCCAACGCGGGUAUGGCUGCACCUGCACCAUCCGGAGGCGCUUUUUCGUCGUUGUCUGCUGCUCCGGCCUUUUCAUCUCCAGGCUUCACUGCCCCUUCGACCCAGUCAACAGGAUUCAACUUUGGUCAGAGUCAAAGCUUCCCAGGUGGGACUUCGACUCCUAGUCAGCCUGCUCAGGCUGAUUCUGCACCCUUUUCAUUUGGUGGUGGUGGUGGUGGUGGUGGUGGUGGCCAACCUAAUUUCAGCUUUUCUGGGUUUGGCACUUCCUCGUCUGCUCCUGCCAGCAACCCUUUUGCUACCAAUUCUUUUGGGGCUGAUAACUCUGCUCCUUCCCAGCCAGCCCAAACCCCUGGGUUCUCAUUUGGCGGUUUUGGAGACAACAAAUCUACUUCCCAAUCUCAACCUCCUCCUUUCUCGUUCGGUGGUCAGCAGACUGCGGGCGCAUCGACUGGCCUUAAUCUGUUUGGACAAUCUGCUACGAAUAACGGUAGCGCAAAUCCUGCUGCAGACUCAAUGCAAAUGUCGCCAGAUGCCAAACCCAAAGGCCCUACUUCCACCUCCGCGUCCUCUUUCCAAAGUCGAAACAUUUUCGGAGAUUCUGCGGCUCCUAAUUUGUUUUCACCCAAGCCAACCCCUGCAUCCACGGCUUCCAAUCCAUUUGGAAACUUGACUGCCUCGGCAAACGCCGACAAGCCAUCUAGUGAUAAGCCCGAGGGCUUUGCGGCAAAACCUGCCUUCGCGUCCCAGGCGCCAGUGGCAUCAGCACCUGCCCAGCCAUUUGGUUCUCUCUUCGGAUCAUCAUCACCUGCGACUACCGCCACUUCAGAACUCGACAAAAGUGCUUCCACUGCCUUCUCAUUUUCCCCAGCUACUUCGAAGCCGGCCGAAUCAGAGAAAGUGAACGCAUCCCAGGAGUCGACGCAGUCUAAGCCAUUUGGGUCCCUUUUCGGCGCAACUUCAGCUUUCCCCUCUGCUUCGCAGCCUGAAAAAGUGAACGGAACCUCUUCUGCGCCUACGAACAUGUUUUCAGCAAAACCUGCAGAGCAAAGUCCAUUCAAUCCAUUUGCCCCUAAGCAGGCCUCAGAACAAGACACUGCGUCCCCGAAACCUUCAUCUUCUCUAUUUGGAUCAUCUUCUCCUGCAUCUCAAGCAACUCCCAGCGUCUUUGCACCCAAGCCAUCUACUGAACAGGCUCCACAGAGUAGUCUGUUUACUCCCAAACCACCUGUCAGCGAGCCUACUGCAACCAACCAGAACGUUUUCGCAGGAUUGUCUGCUUUCAAGCCAGCUGCUGAACAGGCCACUUCCAACAACCUAUUCGCGCCAAAAUCGACUACAAGUGAGCCCCCAACCGCUUCCGCGCAGCCCGUCUUCAACAUGCUUGGGCAGAAGCCAGCCGCUGAACCGGCUUCUACCAAGUCUUCCGGCCCUCAACCCUCCAAAUCAGUCUUUGGGACUCCUUCGGAAACACCCAAAGUUUCUGAAACAUCGCAGACCUUUGGGAACUUGACAUCCUCAAACCCUGCGGCCGGGAACCUAUUUUCGCCAAAGCCAGCUACAAAGCCGGCCUCAAAGACUCCUGUCGAACCGUCCUCUAGCAACCCAUUCUCUGGCCUGUCGGCAAACACCCCUACGUCUAUAGCGUCCACGCCGAAACCACCCCAGCCUGAGCCUAAGCCGUCACAAAAUUUCCCAGACGCUUCUGCAAUUCCAGUUCCUGACUUCGGAGGGGAUAUCAGCGAGGAGUUGAGGGAUCAGGCUGAAUUAUUGUGGAAGCUCCGCUCGUUGGAUGUUGCCUUCAAGCAGAAGCUUCUUGAGUUUGAGCCUGGCGAGUACUUGUUUGAUGACCUUCUCAUAUUUUACUUGAAGGCUCGUGCCUCAAUGGGUUUCCCAGUCAAGUCACGAAAGCCCAAGUCGGAUACCAAGGAACAGACCCCCCGACAGAAGAAGCCCUCUGAAAAAUUCGUGGACACCAAUGGCACAAGCGGCUCAGCUACCUCCAACAUUUUUGCCAAGUCAUUUUCCUCCCCAUCCUCUUCUCCGGCUAAGGAGAAUGCUGUCUCUACAUCUCCACAAAAGGUGGACAGUGCCUCCUCAUUGAACAUUUUCGGCAACUCCGCCUCUACCAGUGCUUCUCCGACUACUAAUGGCAUUUCUAAGGCUCCUGCCCUAACAGGAAACAUGUUUGCCAAGUCACAGGCUACAAUCCCUUCGGAUUCCUCAUCCAGCCCUGCGGCUCCAAAGGCGACAGGCAAUAUCUUCGCUAGCCCACAAACUUCGAAAGCACCAGCGUCUGCGCCACCCGCAGUUCCGAAAUUCGGCAAUGGGGCAGCUGGCGGUGGUGACUUUAUGUCACAAUUUGCCAAGAAGGUUGAACAAAGUGCAGCCGAGGAGAAGGCCAAGCGCAAGGCUGAAGAUUUUGAUUCUGAUGAAGAUGACGAAGCUGAGUGGGAACGUCGCGACGCUGCUGAACAAGAGAAGAAGCGCGCCAAGCUCCAGACUUCGGUUACCAAGAAGGCUGUCUGGGUUGAAGGGGAGGGAUUCAAAAUGGUGGAUGUCACUGACGAAGCCGCACCAAGUCCUACAGAGAAAUCCCCUGUGGCCGCACCAUCGCCUGCCCCGUCAUCUUCGGCGUCGAUCUUUGAAUCAACUAAUCGUCCCCUCUCCAAUUCAGAGAAUAUUUUUGGUCGUCUUUCUGCAACACCCCAGCCCACAGAUGAUGACGCAUCUGAUGAUGAGGCCAAGCCUACUUCUCCCAAACGUGGAGCUGAAGAUGAUGACGGAGAUUCGAGCGACUUCGCUGCUGCCGUGCGGAAGUCAAAGCGAGCCAAACCAAGUGAGACCGAAACGACGAAGUCCAGUUUAGAUACACCUAUUCCAGCCCCAACGGCUGAGGCAAGUAAGAGUCUCUUUGCUCGCGUCGAAUCACCCGCCCCUUCGCAAGACUCCUCUGCAACGCCUAAGGCAAACCCAUUCGCCUCACUUGGGACCAGCUCGCCAUUUGGCGCCGCAUCAGCGCCUGCUCCAACCUCGACACUGUUUGGCGCCACAGAUAACACAUGGAAGCCUAACUCACCCAUCAAGUUUUCUGGGGUCUCAACACCUGCUUCCACCAGUGCCCCAACCCCCUCUGGUGGUGAAACUUCAGGGAAUGUCACUGAGUCCAAUGACGAUGAUGCUGCCCCUGGAGCAGUCUUCAACCUGGCUGAGGAUGCAGGUGGAGAGCCUGGUGAAGAGUCUGUCUACAAAUGUCGCGCCCGUGCUUUCAUGCUCACCAAGGAUAAAGGCUGGGCGUCCCAGGGCACUGGAUACGCAAAUCUCCUUGUCAAUCAGAGCGGACGUGCGCGAAUUAUUAUUCGUUCGGAUCCUAGCGGAUCUAUCAUUCUUAAUACCCUCCUGAAGAAGGACAUCGAAUACGAGCGAACUGCGAAAGCAAGUAUUCAGUUCUUCGUCCUCAAGGCCGAUGGACCCAUUGAACAAUGGGCCAUCCGUGUGAAGGCAGAUAUAAUGCAAGCCUUCCACGACAAGAUCCAAGAGAUCAAAAACUAG